AUGGAGUUUUUAGAGAAAAGUGUACUGUUUGUGCUGUGUGUCAGUCUAGUUCACUGUACCACGACGAAGUAUUUCACAUAUGAAGAAGAUGCACCAGGCACGGAGAUUGGGAAUCUCUCUCGGGAUUUACAGAUUGACCCAGCACACGACCCGGAGACAGCCUUCCGAUUCAUGCAGGAAUCAGACUCGUACUUGAUUCAAAUGAGAGAAAUAGACGGACUUUUAACUGUAGGAGAGACCAUAGACCGCGAACAACUGUGCCAACAGUCACCACGAUGCCUCAUUACGUUUGAUGUUGUCACUUUUUCCAAAGAAAAGUUUCAGCUGAUUCACGUGGAAAUCGAGGUGAAGGACAUUAACGACAACUCACCACAGUUCCCAGCGAAUGAAACGGUUUUAGAAAUUUCAGAGAAUGCCCCACUGGACUCGCGAAUCCCGUUGGAUAUAGCAGUUGACAAGGAUGUUGGCAACAACUACAUCCAAAGUUACCGUAUCUCUCACAAUAACCAUUUUGCCAUUGAAGCGCGCACGCGAGAGGACGGUGUUAAAAUUGCUGAACUAGUGUUGGUGAAAAGACUGGACAGGGAGAUCGAGGACUCGUAUACCGUGGAAGUGACGGCUUCCGAUGGAGGAACUCCACCAAGGACAGGAACAACUAAAGUUGUUAUCAAAGUUCUGGAUUUCAAUGACAACAGUCCCACAUUUGAGCAUAAUUCCCUAAAGGUCGAACUGUACGAGGACUCACCAGUGGGCUUCCGUGUUCUGAAAGUCCACGCUUUUGAUCCAGAUGCAGGUGUCAAUGGUGACGUGGUGUAUGGAUUCAUCGAGGGACCUACUUCCGAAGUCACGCGAGUAUUUAAAAUUGACCCUCUGUCAGGCUCUGUGACUUUGAAAGAAAUGGUUGACUUCGAAAAGAAAAGGUCAUACGAACUCAACAUUAAAGCUUCUGAUCUGGGUGCCAACCCUAUGCCAUCUACAUGUAGAGUUAUAGUGGACAUUUUAGAUGUGAAUGAUAAUGCGCCAGAAAUAAACAUUAAGCCAAUGACUUCCACCAAUGACGGUGUCGCUUUCAUCACGGAGGCCGCGGCCAAGGAGAGCUUUGUGGCGUUGAUCAGCACCUCGGACAGAGACUCUGGUUCCAACGGCUAUGUGCGUAGCAGCUUGCACGGGCACCGACACUUCAAACUUCAACAGGCCUACGGGGACAACCUAAUGAUUGUAACCACCACGAUGCUAGACAGAGAAACAAUUGCAGAGUAUAAUCUCACUGUGGAGGCUGAAGAUUUUGGGUCACCUCCAUUCAGAACCGUGAAGCAGUAUACCAUUAGGGUGACUGACGAAAAUGACAACCCUCCCCUUUUCAACAAAACACUGUAUGAAGUUUCCAUCAUAGAAAAUAACAUCCCUGGUUCCUACAUCACUUCAAUUCUGGCUACUGAUCUUGAUGUUGGCAGAAAUAGUAAAGUAACUUAUAAACUUGUGGAAAGCCAUGUUUUGGAUGACGACCCAAUAACAACAUUUGUGUCCGUCGACCCAGUUUCAGGAUCAUUGUACAGUUUGAGGUCAUUUGAUUUCGAAACGGUUCAGCAGAUUGAAUUUACUAUUCAGGCUACUGACAGUGGCUCUCCAUCGCUAUCCAGCACAGCUUCAGUCAGGAUCAAAGUCAUUGAUCAAAACGACAACUACCCAUAUUUUACCUAUCCAGACUUCCUAAAUGACACGGCUGAAGUUCCCAUUCCUUCCAAUGCACCCCCUGGGUACGUUUUGCUUCGGGUCAAAGCUGACGAUGAGGAUGAUGGCGAGAACAGUAAACUGAGCUUUGACAUUUUGGAGGAUGACCAAAAGCUAUUCUCCAUGGACAAAAGCACUGGACAGAUUGUUUUGAAGCAAAAAUUGAACUGCCCCUGUGAUGAUGCCCUGGAUAUCAAGAUCAGAGUGAGUGACAACGGUCAACCCGCUCUCUUCAGCGUGUCCACCGUCCGUUUUGUUGUGACAGACACUCAAGCCUUUAAUGAUCAAUUUAUAAUUUCAGUGGGUGACGACUUUGAAGAAUUCGACUUUGUCGUCCCUUCAGCAGUGAUUGCGUUUGUUGCUGGGGGCUGCACGCUGCUGUUGAUAGUCGUUGUGUCUCUCACAGUGUUCUGUAAGCUCCGACAAAAGCCAAGAAACUACAGCUCCAAACCGAACAGGAACCACGGCCUCUUUGGCACCACAUCCUUAACAGUGUACAACGCCUCAGAGCCAAACAUAUAUGGCGGGCCCACACAUUUCCUGGCUCAUGGGAAGAAAUCCAAACACGAUGACUCCUGUCUGUAUGAAGAUAAAAGCUCUGACUCAAAGGGUUUUAUAACAUCAAGGUCUUUUGAAGGAACAGCAAUAUGGCAAGAUGACAAAUACAGUUUGCAAAGAAGUGGCACGGGCAACACAGACCAACUGAGCGUGAAGGACAGUGGCAAAGGUGACAGUGACUUCAACGACAGCGAUUCUGACGCCAGUGGGGAUGGACUUAAGAGGACCCUCUCAACGUUCCAGCCAUGGGCAAAAAAUUCUUUUCAUUCGGCUAACACUCUCAGUGUGGAUUGGCAGAGAAGAUACUGUGUAAUUCCAACCCACAGUAUCCAUGCCACCCCAGGAAAUGCAUACACAAUAGGCUUUUCCCAAGCACCGGCGUAUAGUAAUACCCAUGUUAAUCCCCAGUCCUGGAAAGAAUCCUGCUACAACACAAACAUUCCCAAAGCCAAGGGAUCUGCUGCUGCGGCACAGACAUUCGGCAGGGCGGGAACGCUGCCCCCGUACAGCUCCCAUCAGAGGCGGGAGCGCUGCGCCAGGGCCGAGGACCAACGGGAGCAGAACCAGGACAUCCUCACGGUGACGACGCUGUCAGAAAUCGCUACCACCUUUUAA